AUGGCCACUCUCAGUGUACAUUCGUUCGAUGCGGAGGGCCGUCCGAUACAGUUCGACGCGUGGCUAGAUGACCUGCAGCUGUACUUACUGAGCGAUUCUAAGGACGGUGUCUCGCUGUUUGACCUCACGUCUGGCGCCUCUCUCCCCCUCCCGACACAGCUGACAGUGCGACUCGAUCACAUUGGCUUACCCCUGUCCGCCUUUGCCACAGUAGCCGACCUCGUCACUCACCUUCGCACUAGUGACACUCGCUACCGCGCUGCGCUUCCCGCCGAGUUUCUCACCAAGAACCCUCCUCCCAUGUACAUCACUCUCUACUUCAUAGUCACCAGCCUCCCUGACUCUCUUAGCGCUGUCAGGGACCUCCUCCUCGCCCUUGACCCCACCGACCUCACUGUCGACCUGCUCGAGAAGCACCUCCUAGCAGCUGAGACUAGCAUAGUCGCUGUAGGCGCUUCUCGUGGCACUCCUUGCACUCCCUUAUUUGAGGGGUGUUCGCCCUCCCCCCUUGUCCCCUCAGUCGCCUCUGCUGCAGCUGUUGACUACCUUCGUGCUGAGUAG